AUGUCGAACCACGAACCGGUUUCAGACGUCAGAAAGCGACUUAGAGAACACUGGGGAAAUUUGGAGCGUUCCAAAAGGUCCAAAUUCGAGAAUGAGCAAGGUAGUUCUGGGAUCACACAAGAUGCGAAUACUGAGGUGAUUGAUCUAACCAGUGAAAAGGAAAGUGACGAUGCGGAAACUUCCGAGACAGAUAUAUCCCAAGAUGAACUGCAAGACGUCGAAGAGUCAACGUCGAUAACCAGGGAGGAGCACAUUUUACAAGAUAGCAUUUCUUCUCCUCCUCCUACGACUAUUCAUCCUUUCAGACUGAUGAAAUCAGAAAUAUAUGACCAAAACACAUCGUCAGAACACUUCAUAACUCUGGAAUCGAUGUUUGGGGCACCGAAUUUGUCCAAAUGUUGGCUAUUCAGUUUUCAAUUCGAAUUGGACUACAUCCUGCCCAUCUUUGCAGCGAACACCAGCAUCACCAUAAUUGCACAAAAAGGUACAAUUUUACCAGCAACGUUGCAAACACCCCAAAUACUGAAGCUGGUCGCAAAUUUGGAGACUUUGCUCGUGCAUAUGCCACCUUAUGCGUGUCAUCACUCCAAGUUGGUGGUUAACAAGUUCAAAAACGGCGACUGCUGCAUCUAUAUUCCUUCCAACAACUUCACUUCAGCAGAGACGAAUAUUCCUACGCAAAUAGUGUGGUGCAGCCCGCUCCUCAAAAGAUCUCCUUCUGCGUCACGUCCCUCUGCAUUUCGAACUGCGCUAAUCAGGUACCUCCAAGGCUACCGGGUAGACAUGAAACCUGUUAUCGCGGCUCUAGAGCAAGUGGAUUUUCUUCCGCUCGACGAACUAGGCAUAGAAUUCGUGUACUCACAUCCCGAGAUCGCAUCUUCCGGAUUGCCUCUGCUCGGGAGCAGAUUGCAAGACCAACACCACAAUGCCGGAGAUAAAGACCUUACACAUCAUUAUCUAGCCCAGGUUUCGACAAUAGGGUCGCCGAUCAAGAGUGGACUCCGGUCUCCAGGGAAUCUGUUCCUGAAUUUCAUGAUUCCGCUCUUUUCUGGCCUGAUAAAACCAGAGGCCAAUACCAAGCGCGGCACCAAAGCCUUUGACAUACCAGAAUAUAAAAAGUGGCUUGAGCUUAAUCGAAUCAAACCUUAUAUCAUAUACCCAACCGCCGAAGAAUUGAGAACGAGUCCCAUGGGAUACAUGGCGGGAGGCUGGUUUCACUAUCACUGGAAGCGGAAUGAAGCUAGUCGGGAAUUAUACCAGAAGAUAAAAGAUUGGAAUGUUUUAUACAAGCGCAAUCCUCGAGCGGGCAGCGUCAGGAAAAGCACUCCAGCACAUACCAAGUUUUUGAUGAAAGCUACCACUCUAAGUUCGGAUGCCGCUCCUUUCAAGGAGAUGGAUUGGGUGCUGUUUACCACUGGUAACUUGAGCAUGAAUGCAUGGGGCACUUAUUCUUCCAAACCACGCAACUACGAGGUCGGCGUUCUUUUCAAGUCAACUAAACAAGUCAAGAUUGUAAUCGAAAGUGCUGCUGAUCUGGCCUACAGUAAUUUUAAUGGCGCUGGACGCUCACUAUCAGAGACUCAGUCGAUCGAUAGAAAGAAAUUGAGUGUCAUGAUCCCAUUUGAAAACGUUCCAAUUCCCUACACCGGUGAAGAUGACUCGUUCUGUAUUUCUGCUGCCUAUGACGAGCCCGACUCACUAGGAAACCGCCAUGAACCACACGCGUGA